AUGAUCACGUUCUCGUUCACCUGUGUUGCUGUUGCUGUAAGUGUUGCCGUUGGUGCUGCCGUUUUUGCUGCCAUUGCUGUUGGCGUUGCUGGUGCUGCCAUCGUCACCACCGCUGUUGGUGUUUCCGUUGGUGUUGCCGUUUGUGUUGCUGUUGCAGUCGACAUUGCUGUUGAGGAUGCCGUUGCCGUUGCUGUUGGCAUUGCUGUUGGUGUUGCCGUUGAUGACAUCGCUUAA